AUGACUCUAACAAAUCGUUAUGUUCAAUAUUAUCUCAACCAACAACGAGGAUACGGUUCAUCACCAGUGUUUAAAGGAGCACCUUGGCAAAGAGGAUAUGGGCAAGUGGGUUAUGGUCUUGGUGGCUUAUUUCGCAGUUUAGCUAGGGCUGUAAUACCUCUGGCAAAAAGCGGUGCAAAAGCUCUGGGUAAAAUUGCUCUUAACACAGGAGCAAACGUUUUAGGCGAUGUUAUCUCGGGGAAAACGCCCGGCACUGAAGAUUAUGUUGACAUGUCUAAGACAAUAUUGGUAGCUAGAGCGAAAGUAACAAAAGCCGAUGGUGGGGAUAUCGAUGAUGACACUAAAGUUGGACCUGUAAACAAUUUCUUGCACAGUUUGUUCAAGCAAGUUGACGUGUUUCUAAAAGGAAAGUUAGUUACACAAGCAACAGGAACAUAUCCAUAUCGUGCAUAUCUCGGAACACUUUUAAAUUAUGGUCCGUCAGCCAAACAAUCCCAGCUCACCGCUGCGUUAUUUUACAAAGAUACUGCAGGUCAGAUGGAUAAUGCAGAUCCUGCUCACGCAAGUCCAAACAGGGGUUUGAAGACAAGAAAUAAGUUUAUCAUGGGAAGUAAAAUUGUUGAUAUGGCAGGUCCUAUCUUUUGCGAUGUUUUCUUUGGUGAACGUUACUUACUUAGCUAUGUUGAUUUGAAAGUGGUCAUGAACCGUACCAGUGACGAAUUUGUCUUAAUGUCAUCGGUGGACGGUGCAGCCUUUAGAGUGAAACUGAUAGAUGCAUACCUUAAAGUUCGUAAAGUCAAAGUGAAUCCUAGUAUAUCUCUGGCUCACGAAGUUGCCCUGAAAAAAGGUCCAGCCAUUUACCCCGUAAGACGUGUGGACUGUAAAAGUUUUAUUAUUCCUUCUGGAAACCCUUCACUGCAAAAAGAUAACCUUUUCAAUGGUUUAGUGCCUAAAUCGUUUGUUUUCGGUCUUGUUGAAAGCAUUUCAAUAAAUGGUGAAUCUGUACCGUUUAAACCAAUCAAUUUGUCCUUUGGCGCGAAUCCAAGAUUUAUAGAAGCAUUUCUAUCGCAGUUUUCAGGCACUGGGAAAAUGUAUUACGACACAGGCAAUGGCAUUACGCGUGAAGAUUUCCCAAACGGUUUUGCCCUGUUCGGCGCGGACUUUACCCCCGAUAUGUGCAGCGCGUCCGAACAUUUUAACACUGUGCAAAAAGGAAACCUGGCCAUUGACUUACAAUUCUCGACACCGCCAACUCAUGCAGUUAGCCUUGUGUGCUAUGGAGAGUUUGAAAAUAUAAUACAAAUCGAUGGAGAGAGAAAUGUCGUUUAUUACUACAUUGGAUAA